UUUACUCUUCCUCUCGUCCUGGUCGCUGAAGUGUAAAGUUCGUUAAGUCAUAAUGGCAAGAACCAAGCAAACUGCCCGUAAGUCCACUGGUGGCAAAGCUCCACGCAAACAACUGGCUACCAAGGCUGCUCGUAAGAGCGCGCCAGCCACCGGAGGAGUCAAGAAGCCUCAUCGGUACCGUCCGGGAACCGUCGCUCUUCGUGAGAUCCGUCGUUACCAAAAAAGUACGGAGUUGUUGAUCCGUAAAUUGCCGUUCCAACGUCUCGUCCGUGAAAUCGCUCAGGACUUCAAGACCGACCUGAGAUUCCAAAGCUCAGCUGUGAUGGCUCUUCAAGAGGCCAGUGAGGCUUACCUCGUCGGUCUCUUUGAAGACACCAACCUCUGCGCCAUCCACGCUAAGCGUGUUACCAUCAUGCCCAAGGACAUCCAGUUGGCUCGCCGUAUCCGAGGAGAACGUGCUUAAUUCUCUACACAAUUUUUUUUUUUUUUUACAAACCAAACGGCCCUUUUCAGGGCCACAAA